AUGGGAAAAUCUCAGUCCAAGUUGUCACAGGAUCAACUUCAAGAAUUGGUUCGCUCUACAAGGUUUGAUAAAAAGGAGCUACAGCAAUGGUAUAAAGGAUUCUUUAAAGACUGUCCUUCUGGUAAUCUGAAUAAAGAAGAAUUUCAGAAAAUUUAUAAGCAGUUUUUUCCUUUUGGCGACCCCUCGGCAUUUGCAGAAUACGUCUUUAAUGUCUUUGAUACAGACAAGAAUGGAACGAUUGAUUUUAAGGAAUUUAUCUGCGCUUUAAGCGUCACAUCUAGAGGUACUCUUGACGACAAGUUGGUAUGGGCAUUCCAAUUAUAUGACCUGGAUAACAAUGGGUUGAUUUCAUAUAAUGAAAUGCUUCAGAUCGUUGACGCUAUUUAUAAGAUGGUUGGCAGCAUGGUGAAGCUUCCUGAAGACGAAGAUACUCCUGAGAAGCGCGUGAAUAAGAUUUUUAGCAUGAUGGACAAGAACAAAGAUGGUCAGCUAAACUUGGAAGAAUUUCGUGAAGGUUCAAAGAAAGAUCCAACCAUUGUCUCUGCUCUUUCCUUGUACGAUGGUUUGGUCUAA